AUGAUUAGAACAAGAACGACCACUUCUGUGGCUUCUAUGAUCACUCAAAGGAAUAUUGCUCGUCGUUCAAUAAGCAGUACUCCAAUCAGUCAUCUUCGUCUUUACUCUUCGAACACUAGAGCCAACAAAGCUACCACUACAAGAGAUACUACUUUCCAAUCUGAUAUUUACAAUGAUAAACAUUUAAGAAGGACGCCAAUUGGUUCCAAAGCUGAACGUAUUUUUAACUCUCAUCCUGCUAAGGCUACCAGCUUAUCUUCUGACGGUACCAUUGAAUGUCCACUAGAAUCUUUCCAAUUAUUGAACUCACCAUUAUUCAAUAAAGGUUCCGCUUUCACUCAAGAAGAAAGAAAGGCUUUCAGAUUAGAAGGUUUAUUACCACCACAAGUGAAUACUUUAGAUGAACAAUUAGAAAGAGCUUACAAACAAUUGUGUUUUUUAAAGACUCCAAUUGCUAAAAAUGAUUUCAUGACUAAUUUGAGGGUUCAAAAUAAAGUCUUAUAUUUUGCUUUGGUGAAAAAACAUAUCAAUGAAUUAGUACCAAUCAUUUAUACACCAACUGAAGGUGAUGCAAUUGCUGCCUAUUCUCAUAGAUUUAGGAAACCAGAAGGUGUCUUCUUGGAUAUUACUGAACCAGAUUCUGUCGAGGAAAGAUUAUCUGUUUAUGGUAAGGAUAAAGAUGUGGAUUAUAUCGUUGUUUCGGAUUCUGAAGGUAUCUUAGGUAUUGGUGAUCAAGGUGUUGGUGGUAUUCGUAUUGCUGUCUCUAAGUUAGCUUUGAUGACUUUAUGUGGUGGUAUUCAUCCAGGUAGAGUUUUACCAGUUUGUUUAGAUGUAGGUACUAACAACAAACAAUUAGCUAGAGAUGAACUUUAUAUGGGUAACAAAUUUGCAAGAGUUAGAGGUAAACAAUAUGAUCAAUUAGUUGAAAACUUCAUUAAAGCUGUUAAGAAAUUAUUCCCAAGCGCUGUCUUACAUUUUGAAGAUUUCGGUGUUACUAAUGCUAGAAGAAUUUUGGAAAAGUAUCGUUCUGAACUGCCUUGCUUCAAUGAUGAUAUUCAAGGUACAGGUGCUGUCGUUGUUGCAUCUUUGAUUGCUGCUUUGAGGCAUUCUCAUAGAGACUUGAAAGAUACCAAGGUUUUAGUAUACGGUGCAGGUUCUGCCGGUUUAGGUAUUGCUGAUCAAGUUGUUAGUCAUAUGGUGAAUCAUGGUUUAACUUUGGAAGAAGCUCGUUCCAAGAUAUAUCUAAUGAACAGAAAUGGGCUUAUCAUGAAAUCUCAUGCUGAAAAAUGUACUCCACAACAAAAUGUAUAUGCCAAACCAGAUGAAGAUUGGGCUGGUAUAGAUACUAAAUCUUUGAAGAACAUUGUUGGUGGUGUUAAACCAACCUGUUUAGUUGGCUGUUCUACACAAGCCGGUGCCUUCACAGAAGAAGUCAUAAAGGAAAUGUACAAACAUAAUCCAAGACCAAUUGUUUUCCCAUUAUCUAAUCCAACAAGAUUACAUGAAGCUGUUCCAAAAGAUUUAAUGAAAUGGACUAAUAAUGACGCUUUAAUUGCUACUGGUUCUCCAUUUGAAGACGUUGACGGUUACCGUAUUUCUCAAAAUAACAAUUGUUAUUCUUUCCCAGGUAUCGGUUUAGGUGCAGUCUUAGCUCGUUCUACUAUCAUUAGUGAUAAGAUGAUCUCAGCUGCUGUCGAUGAAUUAGCUUCAUUAUCUCAAUUGAAAGAAGGUGAUUCAAGACCAGGUUUAUUACCUGGUUUAGAUGUCAUUAACAACACAUCUGCCAGAAUUGCAGCUGCCGUUAUCUUGAAGUCUAUUGAAGAAGGUACAGCUCGUAUAGAACAAGAAGAGGUUCCAGGUAAGGAUGGUGAAACAGUCAAAGUUCCUCGUGAUUUCGAACAAUGUGUCGAAUGGGUCAAGAACCAAAUGUGGGAACCAGUCUAUCGUCCAAUGGUCAAGGUGGAUCAUGACCCAGAAUUCAUACAAACCAAUUAUAAUCAGAAUGCGGAAAUUAAAUUGUUUCCUUUUUUUUUCCAAUUCUCCUAUUCAACCAUAUGCCUUCAUUUAAUGUCCCCAUAG